AUGACAUCAACAUCCGUGGGACUCAAACAGUCCGACCACAAGAUUUUGGAAAUCACUCUCCUCAGACACAAAGAAGAUCGCACGACAGAAAAUUUCAAGGCAGCUUUAGAGGCACUAAUAAAAGUCCGAGAGAAUCUCGCCAACAGCGUCUACGCCACACAAUCUAAAUUCUUUUCCCCAAUCGACAAUCCUUCAGAGAUAUACAUUUUCGGAUUUUGGCCAAGUAUCGCAGCUCAUCAAGAUUUUCUGGCCAACGAGGAGUUGUCAAGUAGGAUUUUGGCUCCGCAAGAGGGGUUGUUGGAUUUUGUUUGGGGACAUCAUGUUGAGUUGCCGGGUUUGGAUGACCAGACGGGAUUUCUUGAACAUCUUCCGCUGGACGCCCCGCUAGUUGGCCUCUUGAUGUACAAUAAUUCCAGAGAUUAUGAGAGCUGGGGAAAGUCUUACGCUGAAUAUACAAAUGGCUUGAAAUUAGCAACGAAAGGUUAUCCGUUGUUAAAGGGAACAUUUUGUGAGCCUAAUGAUGGAGAAUCAACGCCUGAUGAUUUUGUGUUGUCUGGCUGGAACGCGGACGAUGAGGCUGCCUCUUCAGAAGGUACUCCAUGGGAGAAAACAUUGAUUAUAUUGAAGGAUUUGGAGAAAUAG